AGGGAGAAAUGAUUUGAGAGCCAAAAGGAUAAAUAGAAGUUCCUAGUUCCCUGCUAACAUCAAAUUCUUGUGAAUGGCCGCUGCCGUCUUCCGGCCUCCGAUCUUCCACCCUCUUCCAAAGCCGGUCCCUGCAAGACGAGCCAUGACCACCGCCUUCUGCUCUGCCGCCCCCGCCACCGUCGACUGCGCCUCCGCCUCGCAGCGUUGGCGGAAGCUUCCCGUCUUGCUGUUCGACGUGAUGGACACGCUCGUCCGCGAUCCCUUCUACGACGACGUCCCCGCUUUCUUCCAAAUGUCUAUGAAAGAACUUCUAGCGGAAAAACAUCCCACUGCAUGGACUGAAUUCGAAAAGGGACUGAUUGAUGAGAAUGAGCUUGCUAGAAAGUUCUUCAAAGAUGGAAGACCUCUUGAUUUGGAAGGUCUCAAAAGAUGCAUGAUAAGAGGAUACUCGUAUGUCGAUGGGAUUGAAGCAUUGCUCGAGAGUUUAAAACAAAAAAAUUAUGAAGUACAUGCUUUCACCAACUAUCCAAUCUGGUACAUGAUGAUCGAGGAGAAGUUAAGACUGUCAAAGUACUUGUCUUGGACAUUUUGUUCUUGUCUAAUUGGGAAACAUAAGCCAGCUCCAGAUUGUUACACGGAAGUCCUGCAUCAUCUUGGAGUUGAGGCAUCAAGCUGUAUCUUCGUUGAUGACAGGAUGACAAAUGUUGAGGCAGCCAAGGAUGCAGGUAUGAUUGGUUUACAUUUCAGGAAUGCAGAUGCUCUUAAACAAGAUUUGAUUUCAUUGGGAAUUGAAAUCGCAAUUUCAGAAAAGGCAUGAUGUCUCCUCAUUCUUGUAAAAUUUAUAGAUUCUGUGUUCUCCUAUAUAUAAUGGCCCCCAAUUGAUAUUGUUGUAUGUUCAUGAUAUGACAUUGUUCCAAACGACUUUGUAGAAUAAACUAGGAUUUCUUGGCGAAUCAAAUUGCUACGUUUGAUUUA